AUGGCCGACGACCCCUCUGAGUACACUGGCGGCACAAUCGAGGCCGACCAUCUCUGCGUCUUGGUGCAUGGGCUAUGGGGGAACCCAAACCACAUGAGGAACGUCGCCAAGGCCCUGCGCGCCAAGCACCCAGCCGACAGGGUCAACAUCCUCUGCGCCAAACGGAAUAGCGGUUCCUUCACAUACGAUGGCAUCGAGCUCGGCGGCGAGCGGCUGUGCCUCGAGAUCGAGGAGGAGCUCCGCGCCAUAGAGCAGCGCGGCGGCAGGAUCGCGAAGCUGAGCGUGGUCGGCUAUAGCCUGGGGGGUCUCGUCGCACGCUAUGCCAUCGGCCUGCUGUACGCCAAGGGCGUGUUGGACGGGCUGGAAUGCAACAACUUCACCGCCUUUGCUAGCCCCUUCAUCGGGGUGCGCACGCCGUUGCACGGUUGGGCAAACAACGCGUGGAACGUCCUCGGCGCGAGAACACUGUCCAUGUCUGGGCGGCAGCUGUUCUGCAUCGACAAGUUCCGCGACACCGGCAGGCCUUUGCUCUCCGUGCUCGCAGACACAAACUCCAUCUUCAUCAAGGGCCUGGCCAAGUUCCGGCGGCGCACCCUAUACUCCAACAUCCAAAACGAUCGGAGCGCGGUUUACUACACGACAUGCAUAACAAAGACAGACCCGUACACGGACCUGACCAAGGUCCGCGUGAACUACGUCGAGGGGUACGAAGAUGUCAUCCUCGACCCAGUGCACCCAGUUGAGCACAUACCGCCGCAUAGCUGGAAGAAGGACACCUUCUCAGAGAAGCUCAACAAGAACCUGUACCGGGUGCCCUUUGUGGUGGCGCUGGCAGUCUUUGUCCCGAUCGGCAUCGUGGCCUUCCUCAUCAACAGCGCCAUCCAGACCGUGCGAAGCUCGAAGCGAAUCGCGCUGCACGAGAACGGCGAGGCGGGCAUCGACAUCUCGGAAUACCGGGUCCCGGUCCUCCUGAACGAAAUCCGCGGCGCUGUCGAGGACGCAUACGAAGGUCUCAACAGCUCCCAGCACCAGGAAUACCUCGGGUCCUCGUCCGACGACGAGAGCGACUCCUCCGACCCCGAGGCCGAGACCUCCGCCACCGCCCCGCUGAUCAGCGUCGCCAGCCAGUCUGUGGUCCUGGACAAGGCCAGGGCCAGGCGCGCCAGCGAGCGGAACAUCCUGCGACACGAACGGAAGCAGAGCCAGCCAGGGCAGCCGACGCUGGCCCUCGCGCCACACCAGUUCGAGAUGAUUACGGCCCUGGACAGCGUUGGCUGGCGAAAGUAUCCCGUGUAUAUCCAUAACAAUCGUCACAGCCACGCGGCCAUCAUCGUGCGCAUAGACAAGGAGUCGCAUAGUGAAGGGCACAUUGUCCUGAAGCACUGGUUGAAUGAAGAAUUCUUGGUCUGA